AUGAAUAAUGUAUUUGAUUUUUUUCUGAAUUAAGUUCUGUUAAAUAUAAAAAUUAAACCAGUAAUUUGCUUUUUAUAACCUAAUUUAUCUAUUUAAGCAAACUCUCUUUCAAGUGUUAACAAAUUUUUAGGCUCAAAGUAAUUAAUUAAAUUUUAGCGUCAAUUAAAUUAUUUUUAGCCAUAAAUUACAAGAAAAACACUUGAAUUUAAAUCCAAUUAUUAAUAGCCAUCUUCCUUUAUAAAAAUACUACAAAGAAAUAAAAAACCAAAAUGCUAAAAAUUUACUGUGUUAACUAAUCAGCAUCAAUCAAUAAAAUUAUUAUAAACUCAUUUUUUAUCUUAGUUUUUCUUAAAAAUAUGCUAUUAAGUGCUUUAUCACUUUUAAAGAAAUAGAGGAUAAUAUUUCAAAUAAAAUCUGUUAAAAUUCUAUUAGUAGUUAAUUUCUAGUAACUCUAUUGAUAAGUUAAUUAAUUAAUUACCUCUUUUUUAAAUUAAGUCAUUUUCUUCUUUUAGUCAAAAUAGAAAAUAAGUGAGCUAUUUUAGUUAAUAUACUUAAAUCUAACAUAUGCUAGCUCGUAGUAAAUCUUUAACAAUGCUGAGGGCAAAUACUUUCUUCUCUAUUUGUACUAAUUGA